ACCUUAUAAAAAGAUAACGAACGGGGAAGCCUAUCUGCCCACUUUAUCUCCUUCCAUGUUCCUCCCUCUUCCCCCCUCUUUCCUUAUCCAGCCCCGCAACCAUUCCUAAACCAUAGGCCAUACUUAUCCCCUAACCAAUACCUGGAAUAAAUUCUCCCAAUCCUUCGUCUCCGAACGAUCACAAGAAGUGGCCGCAAAUCCAUUCCGCUCCACCACCUGCAAUUCUCUAUCAGCAAUAAGAAAGGAACAAGAAAAGACGAAGAAUACCAAAAUGACUUCCUUCGCUCAUUUCCUCUGCAGCCCGGUGGGCUCCUGGGCCCACCUCUCCACCCGCUCUUCCUCCUUCCUCUCCCCGUCCCUCCCGUCCCCGCCCUCCUCCGCCUCCGCCUCCGCCCCCUCCACCCGCCGCCGCCGCCCCGCCCGUGCGGCGAUGGAGGUCAACGCCGCCGCCUCCGCCGCGGCGCCGUCGGCUGUGGAGUUCAACUUCAAGGGGUACAUGCUCCAGAAGGCCGCCGCUGUGAACCAGGCCCUCGACGCCGUCGUUCCCCUCGUUUACCCCGAGCGGAUCCACGAGGCGAUGCGCUACUCCCUCCUCGGCGGCGGCAAGCGCGUCCGCCCCGUCCUCUGCCUCGCCGCCUGCGAGAUCGUCGGCGGCCGCGAGCGCCAGGCGAUGCCCCCCGCUACCGCCCUGGAGAUGAUCCACACCAUGUCCCUUAUCCACGACGACCUCCCGUGCAUGGACAACGACGAUCUCCGCCGCGGCCAGCCUACCAACCACUGCGUCUUUGGCGAGCCCCUUGCCGUCCUCGCCGGCGACGCCCUCCUGGCCCUCGCCUUUGGCCGUCUCGCGGACCCCGCCUCCUACCCCGCUGACGACCCCGUCCCCCCCGCCCGUGUUGUCCGCGCCGUCGGGGAGCUCUCCCACUGCAUCGGGGCCGAGGGCCUGGUCGCGGGCCAGGUGGUCGACAUGGAGUCCACGGGGCUGGGAAUCCCGGUCGGCCUCGACCGGCUCGAGUUCAUCCACCUCCACAAGACCGCCGCCCUUCUGGAGGCCUCGGUGGUGAUCGGAGCGAUUGUCGGCGGGGGAUCUGACAAUCAGAUCGAGCGUUUAAGGCGCUAUGCUAGGUGUGUUGGACUGCUAUUCCAAGUGGUGGAUGACAUCCUCGAUGUGACCAAGUCGUCGCAGGAGCUCGGGAAGACGGCCGGGAAGGACCUGGCCAGCGAUAAGACCACUUAUCCCAAGCUCAUGGGGCUGGAGAAGUCGAGAGAAUUCGCCGAGGAGCUGCUCAAGGAUGCAAAGGAUCAGCUUUCGGAGUUUGAUCCCAUAAAGGCGGCACCUUUGCUUCAUUUGGCCGAUUACAUCGCCCACCGACAGAAGUAGAGUAGUCACAGAAGUAGCCACAUAUGGGAUUGUGGUUCUAUCAGUGGUAGCAACCUUCUUCUCCUCUUUCUCCUCUCGAUUACAGGUCAAUGUUCUGUUGUUGUUUAAUCUUCAUACUUAUAUUUGCAAUUUUCUUUCGGAGAUGUAUUGGAAUUUGAUAAUUUAUGGCAUGUUCUCUGGUGAUUGGCAUGUUGAUAUUACCAUCAAUGCAGGGAGCCGACAUCCAAAUCAAGCUACUUGCUGGUCAUACAAAUAUGUCUGCGAUUAUUUCAUAGAA